AUGGGAUCAAAAAAAAAAAGAAAUAAGCAUCAACAAGUUCAUAAAAGUUCUUUAUCCAAUUCUGAAAGCAACGAUAAUAAUAUUUGUGGUGAACAUUCCGAAAAUUCCGAACAACCAUUAGAAGAAAUUCCUAAAACUGGGUUUAAAAUUCUUCCCCUUGAAAUUGAGUCAAUUUCUAAUCAAACUGAUAAUUUAUCCACAAAUCCUUCAUCAAUUAAACAUAAUCCACUUGUAUCAAUUCAUUAUUGCUAUUUUAAAAGUCAUGAUUCACGUAUAAAUAUUCGCGAUAAUUCGACAAUUCUCCCAGCAGAAAGAACACUUUUCAUUACGAAUUUACCAGUAGACACAACUGAAUGUCAUAUUAGACGUAUAUUUGAAGAAUGUGGUAUAAUUGAUCGAAUUUUAUUUCAUGGAGUAUUAAAUAAUAAUGAAUUUUUAGCAAGUACUGUCGAAAAUUCGGUCUUAGAAGGAUCGAGAAAUUUGUUGAUACCGGGUUCAACAGCACAUAUAAUAUUUAAAGAUUCUGAAGGAUUAACUAAUGCACUUAAUAUGGUGCAAAAAAAAAGGAUAUGGAAUAUUAGAGAUCAAGAUAUUCCUCCAUUGGGUUUGAAAAGAUGGUUACAAGAAUAUCAAAAACUUCGCGCGGAUCCUAACAAACUUAACGCACAAGUUAAUGAAUAUAUACGUAAAUUUGAAGAAGCAGAACAAGAAAAGCAUAAAGCUUUAGAAGCAAGACGUAAUCAACCCGAUGAAGAUGGAUUUAUUUUGGUCACAGGAACUGGAAAGAGAAAUAUCAAUACUGAUGGUACUAUUACUGUGACAGCAGUUAAAGCGGAUGUAGCGAAAAAUUUAAAACCAAAAAACAAGGGAUUGGUAGAUUUUUAUCGUUUCCAAAUGCGCGAAGCUAAACAACUCGCUGAAUUGCGUAAGAAAUUUGAGGAUGACAAACGGAAAAUUGCCGAUCUUAAAGCAGCUAGGAGAUUCAAACCUUACUGA